AUGAGCGCCCUUAAAAUUCUCCAAAGGCUGGUGAGCAAGGGCAGACUUUUCCCCCCCAAAGGGCUCCACAGUGCAGCUACGCGGAAAUUUACAAAUGAGGGAAAAAAAAUCUCAUACAGUGGACCCAAAGAUACAUACAUAAAUUCCGGAUUCGAAUUAAAAAACGAAGACACGGAGAAGCUAAUCGAAUUACUCAAGGAGAGUCUAAAGUUAAAGCUUCUCUCUUGUACAUACUGCUCGGAAGACAUUGCCAAGCAUUAUCUAGAGCUAGCCAUUAUGGAACACAAAAAUCUUCUACUAAAUGAUGCGAAAAAUCACUAUUUAAAAAGUCUAGACAUAUAUAAGAAAAUUUUUGGAGAAUUAAGCAUCAUGUGUGCAAACAUACAGACGUACUUAGGAGUCGUACACAAAGAUCUGGGAGAUUUAAAAAAGGCAGAAGAGUUUCUUCAAUUAUCGCUAGCUAAUAAGAGGCUAAUAAUUAAGGAGGAGAAUUAUUUAAUUAUCGAUACACUGAAUAAUCUGGGCUCGCUCCACCAGCACAGGGAAGAAUUUGAAACCUCUGUUGGCUAUUUUGAGGAUUGCAUAAGGAUCCUAAUUUCUUCCCCUAUCGAGGUGAACAGAAAUGAACAAAUAGCCUUGUGCUAUUAUAAUCUAUCCUUUUCCUACUUAGGGUUAAAUGAUCCACACUCUGCCAUCACCUGCUUAAUUCGAUCGUACGCUGUUGCACAGGAGACAUUCGGUCCUGAUCACACCUUGACGGUUCGGAUUAGGGAGCUGCGAAACAGGUUGGAACGGGAGAUACAGGCGGAGAAGUGA